AUGAGAACUUCGAAGGAGGAAAUCUGUCUCGAAGAUUAUCUCCAUUUCUUUCACUCCCGCAAGCAGUUCGAUUUUACUGUAAAUUUUCUCAAGCAGAUCAUUGCCAUGCACGGCUUCAGGAAAAUCAUUAAAGGCCCUAAGAAGGAGUUAACCGAAGCCAUCGAAACAAUUGACCUGCUCAAUCUCUCGCGCUCCACUUUGGGAGACAAUGGCGUUUCCUCAUGCGCGUUCAUCAAUCUCGAGGAUGUAGUAUCAGACCUGAACGACCUCAAUUGGCAAGAUUGCUGCGUCACUUCCAUCCAAACCCUAAACUCCUCCAAACACAACUUCUCUUCAAAUCUUCAUGCCACCGAUACCGCUGAUCACUCUCUCAGCCUCAGUUCGAAAACGUCAGCUGACGGUUAUGGAGCUGACGGAGUUGCUGUUGCCGCAGGCUCUUCAGCGAAUGGUGGUUCCACGACUGGCAGAGGCACCUCGAAGUUGGGCCGCAAGAGGAAGAGAGGCGGCAGCGAUUUUGGAUCUACAACUUCGGGUCUUCCGGCGUUUGGAUCCGGUUGAAUUUGUGGAGAUGAUGGGAAAUUGGUAGUUGUUUUCCCGAAUGUGAACGUUUUCCCCUACUUUGAUUAAGAACAAGGGUAUUUGUGUCUUUUUAUCGUGCCCGUUUGUGUGCUUAGCGUCCAGUUUAGCUGUUAGUUGGUAAAACUGUGGUUUUGUUGAAGUACAAGGGCUAGUCUGUCUUUUGAGUCACUUUUGUAGGCUUUUUCCAUUUUCUUUGCAAAGAUUUUAUAAAUUCUUGUCA